CUUCGACGUGAACUCCGACCUCCUAUCUCACCACUCGUCUCGCCGUCCAGAUGUUAAGCGCCUGCUCGACCCCAGCAACCACAGAUUGUUUCGCGUCAAGAUCUGAAGAAUCAUACAAGCCAGCAGUUGAUUGAUUGUGCUCCUUGCACUAGUCGCAGUACCUGACGGCGAGAAAACGCCUGUUCCUAUCAUACCAGCCAGACGCCCAAACAACUCAAACUACGAUGGCCGCCUCGGUACUUGUAGCGUCUACAAGACGUGCUCGGUGCGUCACUGGAACAUCUGCAGCCGUGCGAGCCAGACACACGGCCAAUCAAGAGACAUCUCAAAGGAAACUUCUCUUUCCGUGAUCGACAUGUCUUUAGCCCUGAAGUCAAUGAAAUUGUCCAUACGCCACUGUACUAUCGAACUUGGCAUGGCGCGACAGGAGGCCAACACGAACCUCAGAGUCUCAAGAUGUAUACGGGGUCUGCUGUCGCAGAUUCCCCUCUGCCACAGAUGAGUCGCAAACAUGGCCGAUGAUGCAUUUGCCCCAAUCGCGGGCUUCCUCACGAGCUUGCUGGAUCCAAAGUCACCGAGAACGAGCAGAGAAGACCCAGAACCUACGACGAGAACCAGGCGAUCACGGACACAGACUGAGCCUGAACCAAUUCCGUCCUCCGCUGCGACCGCGCCCACGCCCGCAGAGCCAUCGACAAGCACUGUGGUUGUGGUGACAUCGACCAGCGCGGUGGCCCCCAGUGCCACAAGCACAACGAGCCUAACGACGUCUCUGGAGCAGUCCUCGAGCACUACAUCUUCACCGGCAACCACGACCACCUCUGUGCCGACUGCGGCAGUCUCAGCGAGUCCUCCAAGUCAGAAUUCUCCAAACACCGGCGCUAUAGCCGGAGGUGUCGUCGGUGGUCUUGCGGUGUUGGCAAUCUUGACCUUGGGUCUCGUAUGGCUGCUACGGCGUCCGCGAAAGACAGCGAACGAGAAGGCGGUCGGCAAGGACGAAUAUCAAGGCUCAGUGGUCAGCCUAGUAGCAUAUGGGAAGGAUGUCCCAGAAUCGCGCCGCUCAGAUUCAAUAUGGGACUCUCGUCCGCACUCCCCUCCUCGUGCGAUACCACCGGCACAUCUGCCUGCUCCUCCUUUGAUCUACGUGACGGACGAAUGCGACACGAGGCAACUGUUGUGCGAGCUACCUGGAUCGGAACCGGUGGCUGAAAUGGAGAGCGCGCAGAAGUAUCACGCAUACCGACCCAAACCAUCGUGAAUCUGCAUUGUACUUCAUCAAAACGUGUUCCUGGGUCUUCGAAUCGUUCCCAAGGGUAUGAGACCAUAUGCUUUCCACGGCCAUGAAUGGAUGGGAAUUCGGGUCGUUGCCACAUGUCCAGAAAUGAUUGGCGACACUGGAUCAACUCAGUCGCACUUUCGACCAAAGCACAAUUGAGCCUGCUGUGGUUUGUCUUUGCAACGCAUAGACCGGAGCAUUGAGUGUCGAAGACACGGUUCGGCCCAGGCGCAAGGCAUCCCAUGUCUUUGAGCUUUCAAACCUUUGUCAAGCUCGUACAAGAACACGCUCCCGAAGCAUCUAGAGGUUUACCUCCACGUGGGCAGGGGACGUGGAUGACAGGAUGUUCAUGCAUGAACACUUCCAUCGCUGCUGAUCAGCAAUCGAUGCUCCCAAGUCUACAAAGAAUAUUAAGUAGUGCAGAGAUGUUAACGGCGACAAUUUACAUCGUGGACGACAUUUGACAACGCCUACAGCCAUCGCCAGGG